AUGCAAUUGACACCACCAAAAAGUAAACAUGAUGAACUUUCUUUUCUGAUAGGUGAACUAUGUAAAAGAUUGCGAGAGUUUUUUUUAACACGUUCGAUUGCAUUGUUUUUAUGUGGAACAGAAUCUAAUAACGAAGAAUUAGAUGGAUUUAUUGAAGAUUUUAAAUCUUUUAUUAAGACAUUCUUGAAAAUCGACGAAAAUACAGGUCAAUUUAAUCAUCGUCUGCAAAUCUUUCUAUCCACAAUUAUAUCAAAACGUUCAUGGAAUUUUCUCUUGAAUUUAUUGAAAUCAGAAUAUAUUCAAAGUGUUAAUAGUACAUGGGCAAAUAUUGUGUACGAUCGACUCGAACUGAAACAAUUACCCAAAUCGAAUAAAUAUUUACAAUAUUGUCAUCGACUUGGUUUUACUUUAUCAUCAGAUAUUUAUACAUUAUCGAUGUUUCCAAAACUUCAACAAUGCUAUGAUGAACUAAGUCAAAUUAUUGACAGUUGCACUAACAAUAAAACAGAAACACAAUGGAAUUCCCUAUGCGAUUGGAUUCAACUCAAAUUAAAUGCAAGUUUUGAUGGACUACAAUUGAAUGAUAUUAAAGUGAUGUUACUUUUAAGCAUCUAUUAUGACUAUUAUUGCAAUAAUCAAUUAGAAUUAGUCAGUACACUAUUAGAUGUAAUUGAACGGAUACUACAACCAUUACCAGAAGAAUUAUGCGUAUUUCAAAGUUUGUUGAAACCUGAAGAAUAUAUGAUUGGAUACUCUGGAAGAAAUGAUAAUGAUGUCGAUAAUUAUCUCAAUCAUUUAUUCAGACUAGAUUGCCAAGAUAUAGAUGAGUUGUGCAUGCGACAUGCUCUUGUCAAUCUAAUGGCCAUGAUUAUUAUGGGAGGCGAAACAAGUUUUCUUUGGACAUUUGCAUUUCAACCAUUGAAAGCUGAAAAAACAUAUGGUAAGUUUUUUUUAGUAAUGAAAAUUGAUCUUCUUCUCGGGUUGAGACAAUUUCCAGUUUCUAAAAUUUUUUCGAUGUAUCUGCUAUUCAUAUUAGGCUUUGGAUCCACCAGAUCUUCAACCAUUGAAAGAAGUCACGUGCAUUAUGACUGUGGUUGUAUCAUAACUGAAUCGGGUGAUGUUCUUAACUUUUCAAGCCAUGGAUCUAGCAACACAAUGAGUGUUCCUAUGGCCUACACUAUUUAUUUUUCAACAUUUGGUGCUUUGGCUUGGCAUCUUCUAUUAUUUGAUGAGUCAGUUACAAAUUUACACGGUCCUAUUUUGUCGCCAAGUGCCAUUAACGAUAAUACACCCACUGCUAGAAUGGUUGGUAACACUCUACGCACGAAAGUUUGUCAUUUUGUUCGUGCUCGCUUGUUUUCGGCAUUCAAUUUUCUAUCGAUUCAUUUCAAUCAAGACGAUGCUUGUAUUUUACUUAAUGGUUGUUUUGAGCGUAUGGCAUAUUUGACAGUUGAUGAAAAAGUUUCAUGGAUAAAACCAUUCUAUAUAGAUCUUACUGAUAAACGAAAUGCAGAAGAAAAGUAUCAAAAUGAUGUUUUCUAUAAUGUCUAUCAAAAACUUGCUGAAUACAAAUCUCAUAUUAAUCAAUUGUAUCUUAACUCACAAAUACAAAUGGAUCUACAAAAAUAUACUACUCAAUUACCCAUUAUUGUUCAGAUGGCCAAUUUUAUAACUGAAAUGAACAAUCCAAUAAAUGCAAAAUUAAAUUUACGUGUCUUACAACAGUUUUUCGCUUCAAUAGAUUUUCUCAAAAUGACAAAAACUAUUUAUGAACUAGCUCAAUUUUAUCUUCUACUGCAUCAAACUUAUGCUCAGUUUAUAGAACACGAGGAAUUCAUGGUAAUUACAUUAAAAGAAUUGUAUGAUCGAGCUAAACAGCAUUUGAGUAAUUUUACUAGUUCGCAUCGAAGAAAUGAAGCUAAAAACCACAUGGAAAUUAUCGAUAAAGGUAUUAAUGCAAUCAAUGCUUAUCAUAAAUUUACAAAUGGUCUCAUUCGACCAGGUGCUUGCGAUGAGACUCAACAUUUUUCUGAAGUUUCAAUUGAAACUUCAGUACAUUAUUUGGUCACCAAUGAAAAUCCAGAUGAUGAAGACAUAAUUAUGCGCAUACUAAGUAUCCUCGUUGAUUAUCAAAAUGAUUUCUUGGAUUUGAUUGAACAAGAAUUCGAUGCUCGGUCAAACGACAAUAAUACUGUGCUGAAAUCAUUGGUAGCAAAAGUCAUGCAGAAAACAAUAUCUAUUACACAUGUUGCAUUCUACAAUACAGGUGCAAUUGCAUUGAAUGAUAAUGACUGUCAAUGGAUAGAAAAGAUUUCCUGUGCAAGUCUCAUGGUUGAUGAAGAAUAUUUUUUAAGAUUGAAUAAAUCAUUGAAUUUUGAUUUUGUAUCUAUUCAGUCAUACAUCAUUCGAACAUAUCUUCUCUUAUUUCGUAUCAACUAUAAACAUAUCGCUCAAAAAUACCGAUGUUUUGAACGACGAAAAAUGCUUUCUGUCAUAACGGCUAGCAACAAUGAAAUCUUUAAUUUAAUUGAAAAUUAUUCGGUUCGUUUAGAAAAUGAAUGGAAUCAUUUGAAUGAUAUGCUCAUCGAUAAACUUUAUCACGGUUAUAAUCUAUUAAAGCAGAUUGCAUUACAACUUAAAGAUCAACAAGACGAUUUAUCGUCGACUAAUCUUUAUGAUUUUGUUCGAUCAAUUACUGUUGAUGAAUUUCUUCUUCAACAGUUAGUAGACAAUGAGGUAAAGGACUUUAAAUUGUGUUAUAUAAAUAAUCUAGGUAAAUUGUAUGAAACAUUAAUCAGAAAUUUUGAUUAUUCAUUCAUUGAUGUUUCUGAUUUACUUCGUAUACCGAUGAACAUUGAAUUAAGUAAGAAACUCCAAUCAAUAAUUGAAAAAAAUGUAAUUAAUAUCGAUUACAAUGAAAAAAUUGAUGAUCUAGAGUCGCAAAUACAAAAAAUUAAUGAUUUAUUAAAUGAUUUAAAAUCAAUUGAAGAUACUCUAUCACGACGAUCAACUCAAUCAUUGAAAACGACGAGUAUAGCUACUAGUAUUGAGAAUGAUAUUCUUUCAUUAAUACCAGAAGAAAUCAAAUGUGAAAAUUAUGUUUCUCUCAUUAUUUAUUUACAUCGAAUUCGAUCAGUUCUUAAAGAACGAAAAAUUACUAUUGAAGAGAAAACACGACAAUUGUGGGACGAAAAUUUUGAUUCAACUGAAAACAUAAAAUAUGCAAUUGAAAAGAAUCGAUAUCGUCGACGUUUAAAUAGAAGCCUCUUAAUAAACGAUACCAAUGAAAGUCGAUAUCCACCUGGUUCUUUCAGUGAUAACGACAUUGAUGAUGAUGAAACAACCGAUAAACCUUGUAAUGAACCAGAUAUAAAUGAAAAUCAGUCAAUUAGAUAUAAAUCACUCUUUCAAUUACAUAUCAGUACGAUUCCCAUAAGAUCAUUUCAAUCGAUUUCGAAAAUCAAUGAUGAAGAGCAACAAUUACAAGAAAGUAGUUCGAAAAAGAAGAAAUCUCUAUUGGUAAUCACACUUCCCGAUGGUACAUCAGUUAAGUCUAUGUGGUCAAAUGAUAAACUGUUUCAGGAAUUGAAAUUAUUAUUUAAAACUAAAAAAUAUGAUUUUGAUACAUUCGUUGUUAUUGACAAUUCUAAAAUAUUACUCAAUUUUAUGGAUAAUAAUAGUCAUCCACCAAAUCCAUUACCAAAAGAAUAUUUCAUUAUUGACAAAACAACAUUGAUCUCUAUUCAAUUUCAAUUCGAAACUGAACAAUUGGAAUAUUUUGCCAGGUCUGACUGUAAAUUAUACGAUCUUAUCAAUCGUUUUGCUCAAGAACAAAAUCUAGCAAUAACAUCUUCUGAUUUUCAUUAUUGUUUCUAUAAUGAAACUGGACAAUUCUUAGAAAAUGGAACAAUCGGAGAUAUUCAUCGUAUAAAUACUACUGAUCCAAUCAUUAUUCAAGUUCAAAAGGAAAACAACAACACUUGUCUUUUUGAAAUCACACUAAUACCAAAUCAGGGUAAGUUCUGUAACUCUGAAUAUAACGGGUAGCACAGAAUAAAUUAGACUGUUAGUAUUUUUGAAUAUUUCUUCUCUAUUAUACCCAUGAUGAAAACAUAUUUUAUUUUGAAAAAGAGAUCACUUGAAAUUCUCUACAAAACUAUAUAUUACUAAGCCCAAAAACUGUUUUAGAUAUAUUUGAAAAAAUAUGAAAAUUAAAGACAUAGACAAAGCUGUAAAAACUAACGGAUUGCGUAUGAUGAAUGAUCACACCUUGUAUAUCAUUUUUAUCACUUCGUAGUAUUAGAAAAACAAAAUAUACCAAAAGACGCAGCGUGAAAAGCUCUACAAUUAACAUCAGAUCGCUUACUCUAUAGUUGUACUUUUUGGUUUCAAAAUAGACAAUACUUUCAGUGAUCAAAUUUCAACCGUUUCCAAGCGAGAUUUUGUUUUUGUUCCAGAUGAAUUCGAUUUGUCUUAUUUCAUUUUGUUAUUACUUGACAUGCUCUAUUUAAAAAAUAGUAAAAUGCGCUACAAGACACAGCAAGAAAAGCUCUAUAAUUUACAAAAAACAACUAUAAAAAAGUGAAAUAAAAAAAAACCAAUUCAUCUUGCACCAAAAACAAAAUCUCGUUUUGAAACGGUCGAAAUUUAUUGCAUCAAAAUAUUGUCUAUUUUGAAAAUGAAAAGUGCAACUGUAAAGUAAACCAUCUUAUGUAAAUUGUAGAGCGUUUCAUGCUGCGUCUUUUUAUAUAUUUUGCUUUUUCUAAUAGAGCGAAGUACAUGAAAAAAAAUUGAGAUGCAAAGUGCGAUCAUUCAACCCGUUAGUUUUUUACAGCUUUGUGUAUGUUUUUUUUUCUUUUAUCUUUUUCCAAAUAUAUCUAAAACAGUUUUUGGGCUUAGUAAUCUAUAGUUUUUUA